AUGUCUCUCCGCUCGCGCCUCUCUUUCGUAUUACUCUUCGCAUUUCAAAUCGCAUUUCAAAUCGCAAUCGCAGCACCCUCCCACUCUGGCUAUGCACAGCGCAACUAUCACGAACGAAUACCAACCGAUGGGAUAGAAGCCAUAUCCUCGCUUCUACCUGCUCAAUCUCGAAAAGCCAACCAUGACCUAGAGGCAAACGGACUUUUACGGGCUUAUGUUCAACAACCGGGAAUAAUCUUGCAUGGGAAAGAUGACCGAGAAAAGCAAAUUUCACUUUGUGAAGCUGGAAUUGUUUCCGCUUGUCGGUAUUCCAUUGAGGCAGCACAAUCAGAGCCUGAGCCUGACUCUUUAGCGGCGACCGAGAAAGUCCACGCAGAGACGUCCGACCUCGCGUUGGCUCUGAACAUGCCCAUCCCGGAGAAUCAAGAUGGUAGUAACGAAAUUCGAUUAUUUCCUUCUGCUGGCUUCCUGGUGGUCUCUUGUGCUGUAGUCUGCGUUAUCACUGUUGUUCGACGAUUUGUGCCUACCAUUCCUUCGGUCCAGAGCAAAGAGAAAGCCCAGCGUGCUUGA